GUCAAGCUACACCAGCUAAGUGCGCAUGCGCCGCACCUCUCUUCAAUCUAGGGCUGCGUUUCUCUCCAUAAAACGAUGAACAAACUCCAGGAUAUUUGUUCUAUGAAAGCAGCCCCCCUCUGUAGCCUUCUCUGAGUGUGAUGGCAACCACCGACGAGGUCACGGUGUCCAUGGGGGAGGUGGUGAUGGUGAAGGCGGAUGGUGAAGGAGAUGCUGAUGAUCCUAAUAAGACUCAGGUCAUCCUCCAGCUCCAGCCAAUAACCCCUGGAGAUGAAUCUGCAGAAACAGACGCAGCUGUCAUGGCUGUCGAAGCACAUCCAGAACAAACAGAUGGAGAUGACGUUGAAAUUGGCUGUCCCAUAACAUGCGGUGACUGUAAAGCUGUGCUGCUAGUGAAGAAAUUUGUGUGCCCGGGAAUCAAUGUAAAAUGUGUGAAGUAUGAAGACCAACUGAUCAGCCCGAAGCAGUUUGUGCACAUUUCUGGAAAAGCCACUCUGAAAGACUGGAAGAGAGCCAUCAGGAUGGGUGGAGUCAUGCUAAGAAAAAUGAUGGAUUCGGGUCAGCUUGACUUCUACCAGCACAGCACACUUUGCACCAACACGUGUCGCAGCACAAAGUUCGACCUUUUAAUCAACAACACACGCUUCCCUCCAGAUGGUUCUGGACUUACCACACCCACAUCCUCCCAAGCUCAGGUGGCCUUGGGUAAUGGUGGGACGGCGAGCGAGGACAGAGCAGAGGUUCUGAGUGGAAAGAUGGACUGGAUCUCAAACUCACUGGAGGCUGCAGAGAAGAAGGAAUCCAAUGAGAUCUCAGAGGACACGCUGAACUUCUGGAAGGGCAUCGCUGAUGUGGGUUUGCUUGGUGAAGUUGUAACCAACAUCAGCACAGAGCUGCUGGAGCUACUGAACGGCGUGCAGCAGCGCAGGGAGCCAGCUGCCUUACAGGACACAGAUUCCUGUCUGGUAGAGGUGGCGGUGCUCAGUAACCUCGCCCAAGUGUUCGGCCUGCUCGACUCAGUCAAAAAGACGCUGGAGAAGAGGAGGCAGCAGACGGAUCCCAGCCAGGAGCAAAUCCUCAGCACACUCAGCAACCUGGAGGUUCAGUUGGAAGAACAGAGGAAGCAGCAGCAGGUCCGGGCUCUGCUGUCCUGCCCACAGCCUGCCAAAAACAAAACUCCCACCAAGCGCCAGACCAAGCGACCGCGUCUCCAGAGGCCCGCCUCCACCACCACCCUCCUGACGUCCCCCAUCAACCAGCAGACCACCCUGCAGCCCCAGCAGUUCACCGUUCUGUCCCCCAUCUCCCUGUCCUCUGUGGGUCAGCCAUUUACCGUGGCGGGUCUCCCCAUCGCCUCCCUGGCCCAGUCCUCCAACACGGUCACCCUGCUCCCCGCCGGCUCGCAGGUCUUCACCCGCUACAUGGUGACCGGAGACGGUAAGACGGACACCAUCACCUUGCACCCGUCCUCGGGCCUCACGCUGGUUGGCACCACCACCAUGCAAGACUCCAGCCAGUUGGGCACGGUGGUGAGCCCCGUGGAGCUGCUGCACCUGAGCCAGCAGGCUGGCGGCGCAGAGGUGGUGCCCAUAGAAGGCCAGGUGGUGGACGGCACCAUGGUGGUGCAGCAGGAGGUCAUGCAGGGGGAGGUGGAGGCCGGCCAGGAGCACACGGUCAUCGAGAUCAACCCGGCUCCGAUGGAGCAGGCGGUGGGGGUGAUGGAGCUGCAGCUGACCGGGGAGUCGAGCAGGGACGGAACAACCAUGAUGGUCCAGAGUGGGAUGGAGGUGACGAUGGCUGAAGGUGGGGAGGAGACGCAGUGCCAAAUGCAGGAGGCGCAGACUGAAGGGGUUCAGGGGCUGCAGCUGGAGACCAGCGGACAGUUGUCAGAUGUACAUAUAGUUGUGAUAGGAGAAAAUACUCAGGAAGAAAACAAGGUGAAAUGAGACACACCUUCAUUUUAUCCAGCAUAGCAGGUUUGGACUCGUACCGAGCUAUCACAGACUUGUGAAACUGUAAAUAUCACAGAAUUUCCAAAUCCACAAAUUGCCUUGGCCUAAGACCAAGCUCUAGGGAGUAGCCAUUUUUUUCCUUUUUUGGUGUGUGUACAUGCUUCUCUCAACUUGAUUUUUAUUGAAACAAAGAGGCAUCACAACAAAGGAUAUGCUGUGUGCUUCUGUUUGAUUUGUAUUUAAAGUAUGAUUCCAGUUUAUUACGAGUAUUAGGUUAGGUAUUUGUCGUUUUGGCUGUUAUUUCUAUUUGGAAUAAUAACAUUGCACUCAUCAAGUUAAAUACUGACAUAUGAGAGUGUGUCAGUUUUUCUAAACAGACGUCAGAUGGGAUAAACACCACUUGUCAGAUGGACUUUUAACAAAUCUCAGGGUUAGCCUCAACUAUAUAAAAGAGAAAACAUCAGUUGUAUUAAGACAGUUUUCCAGGGCGAGAUCAGGACUUCCCAAAACAUGAGCUUGGACCUGUAUUGGCGCCAUUUCUUACUGAGUUGGGGGGAAAUAAUAUGAUUUGACCUUUUCGGUCAGGAUAGUGGUUCAAUAGUUAGUUGUCAAUACAAAAUUGAUUUGUAGUGCAAACAUUUUGGAAACACUCUGGUUAAAUCAAUCUGGCUAAACUCUUGCUUUGUUUACUUGUCUGAUAAUGUGACUCAGAAAUAGAUCGAAAAGACAGGACGUUUAACUGUUUGCUGUGGUCAUUUGACUAGUUCUACAGAAAAUGGCGGUAGUUGUUAGUUAUUAUGGUGAUAAUGCACAUGUCGGCGGGGCCUAAAAAUGUGUCACACUCUCUAGUUUGAAAACUCAGUUUUGGCCUGUUGUUACCUUUUUAAGUGAUGGAAGGUAAAUGCAAAUCCAGUGAGUUAUGUGUUUAGAAGUUACAGGUGGAGGUAAGUGAUAGUUUUACUAUUAAUCAGGUAUGAAGUCACGUUGCGUGUUUGUUGAAACUUGAUGUAAAGUUUCUGUGGCUGUCGAGAACGAGUGAGAGCUGCGGCUCAGUGGACAGCUGAGAGGCAGAGAGACAGUGGAUAUAAACUGCGUGCAGAUCAGCAUAUUUUCACAUGGAAAUAUGUGAAUUAAGGGUUUAUUUCGACCAGAACAGAGUAGGUGAUUGUUGGAACAAUAGACUAACUAACUAGACAAAUAACAUAUUUUUUUAUGUUUGUUUUUUUUGUUCCUUUCAAGCAAGUCCUAGUUCUAGUUCUCUUGGAGUGAUGCAAAAAUGUUUCCUUUUGUGAGUUUAUUUUGUUAAUUUAUUAGAUGUAAAUGGAAAUCUCUGCUUGAACACAUCCCUCAGAUGAAACUAAAAAGAGCAGUAACACACUGUGCUGAGUUAUUUUUUCAGCAGGUAAAGCAAUGGAGGUAGAGCACGAAAGAUAGUCUCCUUGCGUCGCACUACUAUUAUACUACUUGUUUGGUCAUUACUGCAAAACGUCCACUCAGUGAGUUCGAAAUUGCUUGGAAACAAAGUGAAGGAUAGUUACAGCUUUUGACCCACUCUGCUGUCCCUCUGGCUGGUUUAAACUCAUUACCUUUUUUGGUUGGUUUGGUUUAGGAAAGAAGAGAGGGAUUGGUUUGUACGACAGAUUUAGGGCCACACUGAGUAAAAAAAAAAAAAAAAAUAAAAAUUGAGACUUCGAGAAUAAAGCCAUAAUGAAGUCAUAAUAUUACAAAUAUAAAGUCGUAAUUUUCUGAGAAAAAUAGUUGUUAUUGUAUGAGUAUAAACACUUAAUAUUAUGAGAAUAAAAUCGUAAUUUUACGAGAAAAACAAGUUGUCCCCGCCACUGUCCCCGGUGUUGUGCCAUGCUGACCUGUGCUCUUGCCUGUUUUAUAGUUUGCUGGCAAUAUGGUUAUUUCCGUAAUAUAAUAUCUCCUUUCUUGUAUAAAUACAACUUCAUACUUGUAAAAUUAUGAUUUUUUUUCUUUUAAAAUUCCGACUUCAUUCUCAUAAUAUUACAAAUGAUUUUCAUAAAAUUACAACUUUUAUCUUGUAAAACUAUGACUUACCUCUUGUAAUAUCACAACUUUUUUCUCAUAAUAUUAUGACUUUAUUCUAGAAGUUACGACUUUACUCUCACAAUAUUAUGACUUUAUUCUCAAAAUUGGGCUUUUUUUAAAAAUUUUUUUUUUUUACAUGGCCCCAAUCCUCCGUCGUAAAGUAGGCUAAGCCAAUCAGAGGUAGAGUAGGCGUGGUCAUUCCUUUCCAAGCGGCCCAGGUAAAAAUGAUAACUUCUCUUUAUAUCCUACUGUGUUGGUUUGAAUGAAAAGAUCCAUUCUGCUCUUUCUGUUUCUAUGGUCUGCUUGUGUUUUUUUGCCCCAUCUGACUUUACUGAGGAGACGUCACUGUGUUCUCGUAUCUCAGCAAUGACCGUGGUCAGUACAGUGUCAUCAAAACCAACAGAAACAACAGCCAAAACUACAAAAACACCCAGAUGUAAUCAUCUGGAAUUUUUCUUCAAGCCUCCACGAACAACCUGAGGACAAGACAAUGCACUGUAAUGUAACUGUAAAGUCUACAUGCAGGGCUUUAAUGGUGCUGAUGAUUCGUCAGUUCACAUCCUCUGACACUGACUCAGCAGCGGCGGGCCGCACGUCCCGGCCCGCCGCUGCUGAUCAGAGUUGUUACCAGUAACAGUGUUGGUGUGACUCGAGGCAGGGAUGAAUUGCACUGUUUGUGUUUGGUAGUAUCGCAUCCAAGCUGUAAUGUUUUUGCACUGCGUGAAGUCCUGUUGGGACGACAGGAAGAUGUUUGCAACGAUGCCUGCUCUCUAAACAUUUCUUUAGGAUAUGGCCACGCCGUGUGGCAGAGUGUUUUCUGAUGUGCAUAGUUCGACGGAAACAGACUUCUCACUGGAAUUGCUUAUGCACUUAUUCUCUCAGUGGUUUCUUACUGCCUGAUUUCACCUGCAAACCAUUUUUCUUUAUUGUGCUCAUCUAUGGCUUUAUCUCAGUAUGAUAGAUAGUGUGAGCUGCUGGGCUGAUUGUUUAAGUCGAUAUAUAAAAACUUAUAUAUACUUAAUGUCAAACUUGGUAUGCCUGUAUUUUACACUUGUAGUUUCAUAUUUAUUAGUUUCCAAAGGUGCAAACAUGGAUUAAUUUAUGCUCUUGGCUCACAUCAACAAAGACAUGUUCAAGACAUGUGCAUUUCCAAUAAUUUAAUUUAACAAAUGAGGGUAUUUGCAUACUGACUUUGUAAUGUGUUUUAAUAUCAGAUUAAAACAGAAAAAUAAUUCCGAGUGGUUGUUUUAGUGUUUCACCACCAGAGAGCGCUGUGUGCUCGCUCCAC